AUGUCAUCAAAUAAUAACAAUUACGAUUCGACAAAUGUUACGGAAACAACUCCAAUUAAUAAAGAUCGUGAGUCAAUUAAAUUAGACUUGCUAUCUUGUAGAUCUAUCACUUUAGAAAAUAAGGGUUCUGUUGCAAGAGAUCAUAUGGCUAAUGAAAGAACAUUUUUAGCUUGGUUAAGAACAUCAUUAAGUUUUAUAACAUUAGGUAUUGGUAUGACUCAAUUGUUUAGAUUAGAACAUCCCAAUUCAAAAGUGAAGACAAUGAAUAAUGUACUUCUAUUAAAUGAUAACGAGGAUAAUUUGAUUAGAAAAUUGGGUAAACCUUUAGGUGCUACUUUUAUAAUUAUUGGGAUUUUGACAUUAAUAUUUGGAUUCAACAGAUAUUUCAAAGUACAAAUUUAUUUAACAAAAAGUUUUUAUCCUGCUACUAGAUUGAGUUUGUUUAUUUUAAUUAGUUUAAUUUUAAUUUUGACUAUAAUUACAUUGGUAAUGGUUUUGAAAACUGCGACUUAA